ACAAAUCAGUAUUCUCAAGAUCUUCAAACAAAACAGUUAAAUAAAAUAAUACAAAAAACAAAAUGACUACAAAUAUUGGUGGAUCAGUCAACACAAAUCCCAGAGACGAAAGCAAUGAUGUUCUUCUUAAUCUCACCCGAACUAUUGGAGAUGAAAAACAAAAUGCCACUGUGGGAGCAUUCGUAGCUGCCAAUGAUCAUCGUGGUCCUCAAAUGGGUACCGUGGGAGCUUUUGCCAAUGCUAAUGCUAAUGGUCAUGGCGCCUCUUUGGGUAUUAAUCAUACUCCUAAGUAUAAUAUGACAACUGUUGAAGCUUCUGCCACAGCAAAUCUAUGGACUUCGGCUAAUCAGAAUACAUCUUUAAGUGCUACUGCUUCUCGUAGUCAGCAUGUUAGUGGUCCUAUGACUGGUUUUAAAAGCAACAAUUAUAUGUUAAAUCUCAAUCAUAGAUUUUAAGAAUUUUUAUUUUUUAAAACUUUUUUUAUUUGUUAAUCUUUUGUCUUGACAAUAUUUAACAAUAUGUAGAGAGUUAUGUAUAAAAAAAACGUUAAAGGUUCCUUUAAUAAAAUUUUUAA